UUUAUUUUUAUUUUUAUUUAUUUAUUUUUAUUUAUUUUUAUUAUUCCGUGGGGUGCUGCCUGUCCUUUCGUGAAGUUCGGGAAUCUGGUUUGAUUUUCACUGUUGCUAUGUCGGAGUCCUGUAAGCUCUCGCGGAGUUGUAGGGUUUAGUUGCCUGGAAGGUGUGAGGAGUGUAUGUUGCUGAGCUUGGGAGUGGAUGGGCGAUGACUAGGUCCAUUGUCAUUUCGUGACGUGAGAAGAGUGAUAUUCGUAUCACUGAUUGAGUUCUGAGAGAGUGCUGGGGGUGAGUAAGCAAAGCAGGGUUUUGGUUUACCCGUUUUGGGAUUGUUUUUGUCUCGUGGAGCACAUGGAUGGCAGAAGAGUUGUUGGUAGAACGAUGAGAUGUGGUUGAAUCGAUUGUGGCAGUGAAUGGCGGGAAUUCGUAGCAGUUGAAGGUUGCUUGUGGUAGUUCCGAGGCUUGGAAAGUCCGUGGGGCAGAUGUAGUGUGGAAAUUUUACCUGAAGUUGCGUGGAGAAUGGCAUGGUUUCGAAACUGUGGAGGGGCAUGGAUGAGAUUAGCUGGAAUUGUAUGAUAAUCAUGGGUGAAUUGAUACAACAGGGUCAAGAAGAAUAAGCCGAGGUUUAGGUGUAUUGCAGUUGAUGGUGUAGCCCGUGAAGCUGGUUCAUGAACCAUUAGUUUUGAAAACUGCAUGGGAUGCACUUGUUUUGUAUUUGAUCCAGUGCUGUUGGGUGCUAUUGAAUUAGUGGUAUCAUCUGCAGAGAUGAUUCUUCUGAGAGCUUGACUGUGCUUUUAAGGAUAUUGAAAACUAGUUGUGGCGUCAUGGGAAACGGAAUAUCUGUCGUCAGUUGGCCUUGAAUCACGCUUUAGCAAAGACCACCGCUAUAUGUAACAUGGCGAAGCUUGUUACUAGCGACUAAGCGCUUAAUGAAUUCCUAUGUACAGGCUAGUUAAAGAGCUUGCCAACGAAUAUAGAAGUUGCGCGUAAAUGAUGGUGAUCUUGGACAGAGUGCACAUCUUCCAGCCUGGGUUAUUGAGUUGAAUCGGAUUGCGGACCCAUUGGCGCGCCCUCCAAGAUUGCGGACUAGAAUUAGUGGUGUUGAGAUUAAGAGACAGAAGUGUCUUACAUUCCGUUUUUUUACUGAAUUCCGCGAGACUAUUUGAGGGGUUGCAUAUGAUUGCUUCAGCAGGACGUUCAACUCACAUGGAGUUCAAUUACCUUCAGAGAGUGAAGGUUUACCGAUUGAAUGAUGAAGGUAAAUGGGAUGAUAGGGGCACAGGUCACGUGUCUGUCGAAUAUCUAGAGCGUUCUGAUGCAGUAGGCUUAGUGGUCAUUGAUGAAGAGGACAAUCAAACACUUUUGGUCCAUCGAAUAUCAACUGAUGACAUUUACAGACGUCAAGAAGAUACAAUCAUAUCAUGGACAGACCCAGAAGUGGCAACAGACCUAGCACUCAGUUUUCAAGAGACGAUGGGUAGUACUUUCAUAUGGGACCAGAUAAGCAGCGUGCAAAGAUCGAUACAUUCCCCCUCUGUGGCUGGGUUGGAUAGUGCCGGUCGGCCUGGCUGUGAUGAUUUGGAACACUCUGGAACUUCUCAAGAUGAUGGUGGAGGCAGCGAAGCACUUGAGCUUCCACCGGUUGAGCUUUUUAAUCUUUCUCAGAUCGCCAAGGUUAUUGGAGAAGUACUACCUUUUGACAAAGAUAGGUUGGCUAGCAUUGUUGUACGUAAUCAAAACUAUAUCCGCAAGCUGGUAAAGUUAUUUCGCACUUGUGAAGAUUUGGAGAACGAUGAAGGUCUACAAUCGAUGUUCAGAAUUGUGAAGGGACUCAUUUCGCUCAAUGAUGGGCAUAUUUUUGAUAUCAUCUUCAGCGAUGAGUAUAUUAUGGACAUCGUUGGAGCCUUGGAGUAUGAUCCAGGAUUGCCAAUACGCCAAAAUCAUCGGACUUACCUUCUGGAGCACGUUAAUUUGAAAGAGGUUGUUCCUAUCCAUGAUUCAGCAACAUUAUCAAAGAUUCAUCAGGCAUAUCGCAUUGGUUAUAUUAAGGAUAUAAUUUUACCAAGGGCGCUGGAUGACCAGACAUUUGCGACGAUGAACUCCAUUAUUCUUUUCAACAAUGUUUCAGUGGUAUCAGCUCUCCAGAAUGACUUGGCCUUUCUUUCGGAACUCUUUUCAAGACUACGAUCACUUGAAACAUCUAAAAAGAACAGACGAGAUCUGGUGUUUUUUGUGCAAGAGUUGUGUAACUUGAAAAAACAUCCUCAACCAGCAGUUCGAAGCCAGCUCUUCAGUGCACUUGUCAAGGAAGGAUUGCUUGAUAUUAUGAAAGACAUACUUAAGGACACGGACGAAACUGUUCAAUUGAGUGGAUGUGAUAUUUUAACUGUGAUUAUGAACAAUGACCCGGCACUACUGCGCGGCUUUUUAGUGCAACAAGCAGCUCACACCUUAUUCAGUGAGCUGGUUUCAGGUAUGGUCACUCAAAGUGAAGGUGGACUCCAAGCACAACUUUUGGAAAUCAUACGGAUGCUUUUGGACUCCGAAACCAUGGAAGCAUCGCAAGUCGAGAAAAGCCCGUUCUUGGAGGUUUUCUAUGAGAAGUAUAUGGAUCAGAUUGUUGAGGUCCUUAUUAGUGGUUGCCCACCCGAAGUGGGGGUUGUUGAAUCCUCCAAGCACGUUAAUCGUCAAUAUCAAAUCAAGCGACCUGUUUCUCCUGAAAUUCUUGGGAGUAUCUGCGAUCUUCUGUGCUUCUGUGUCCAACAUCAUCGUUUCAGAAUCAAGUAUUACGUGAUUAGGAAGCAUGUGGUGGAGAAAGUUUUGCGAUUGACACGCAGAAAAGAAAAAUAUUUAGUUGUAGCAGCAGUGCGCUUUUUAAAAACCUGCAUUUUUUUGAAGGAAGAAUUUUAUCACCGAUAUAUUGUAAAGAAUAAUUGGUUUGAGCCUAUUAUUUCGGCUUUUGUUGCUAAUGGGACCCGCUAUAAUCUUCUGAAUUCAGCUGUUUUAGAGCUCAUUGAGCGCAUCCGAAAGGAUGGCAUCAAAAGUCUGAUUGUACAUUUGAUUGAAACAUACUCAUCGGAAUUGGGGACCAUUGAUUAUGUGAAUACGUUUCAGGCUUUGAAGUUGAAAUAUGACCAGGUUGGAUUAUCUGAAAGUCGUAAACGCAAAGUUGAAUGUGAUUUAGAUAAAGAUGAAGAGGAUCAUAUUAAUGAAGACAGUGAUGACGAGGAGGACAAAACAGUUUCUAAAUUGAGGGCAUCCUCAAACUCGAAAUCGUUGAGUGCUGGAUCACUCAACAAAAGCGGUCUUCUGGACCAGAAAUCUCCCAGUAAUGUGGAGGAUACAACGACUGCAAAGCUUAGAACUGCUGGAAAUGAGCAGCCAACUAAGGCAGUGAUAUUAGUAAGCCAAAACCACGUACCGUUCAGGGGUAAGUUUGGCUUAGUAGAUUAUGAAGAUGAGGAGGAUGAGCUGCCUAUGAAUUUGGGCAGCAAGAGGAAAGAUGGAGACGGGGUACUUGUGAGCGAGUCUGACCGCCUGCUCGCGGCAGUCCCACUUUCAGAUCCUAUAUGGUCAAAUAUGGAAGAUGCAACAGUUGCUAAAAGAAAAUCACAUUCUGGACCAGAUUUGGACCAGAAUCAUGCAAAUUGUUUAAAGAAACAAAGAUCUGAAAUGGUUCAGGAAACUGGAGACUCGAAUGAUUCAAGUAAUGUGACUUGUAUUGAUGACUUAGACAAAUUAACACCCUCCGUGACGGGUGCUGAAACUCGAGGGGUAGCGGAGUCAACAAAUUGUUUUCAAGUAUCUGCUUCCUCUGAGAAUCCCGUAUCAAAACCUGACAGUGUGAAGAUAUUCCCCUUCGAAGAGCCAAGGAAUGGCUGUCAGGAGAUGUUAGCGCUGCCGGCAGGAAAUGCUAUUGUCGUUGACCGGAAAACUUUUGAUUCAGCUUCGGAGUCGGACACAACAACAAACCAUGUUGAUGGUGGAGAUUCUGGGAGCAUUGUUGAUACAGAUACUGCUGGAAGCGUCUUUAUUUCAAACGGCAAAGUGAGCACGUUUUCACGAAGUGCUAAUUGUGUAUUAACGGUGGCAAAGGACAAACAAAAUGUAAUGAAUGGGGCAGCAAACUCUUUGAUUGAGCAGUCCAGUAGCCAUAAGGAAGAAGUCUCAACAUCCCCAGGAUGACACGAGGACUCAUGUCUGCACAAUGAUUCCAGCAGCUUCUCAAGAGCAGUCGACGAGUGUGGGGGAGAGAGUCGAGUUAAACCAGAAGAGGUGGUCCGCAACUUGACUGCAGAGAGGUAUGCAGGUGAAGACGAUAAAGGCGAUUCGUUAGGUCAAGAUUGUAAUGGGACAGCCACUGAAUGUGUAGAGAGGGUAAAUCACGGGACUGAUUUCAUUAAGGAUUCUAUUGCUGGUAAUGGCGGCACCCAACAGCUUAAUAAUGGCAGUUUAGAUAGUGAAAAAAUAAAAUUGACUAGUUUGGGCACUGACCUUAUUAGGGCUGUGACACCGACGUCUCUAGGACCCUUCACAGUCCGAUAGGGUGGCCCGAUUUUCUCUACCUCAGGUACAAGGCUCCUCUGGAGCUUAAUCUCAAUUAUAAUCGCCUAUUGUCACUUUUACAGCCUCUAACAGCACUUUUCUGUCUUCCCAUCACAGAUUCUUUUUAGACAGGAAGCCACGGAGUAAAGUUGAGCAUCAUUGCAGCAAUCCUCUCA